GGAGGGCGCUUAUGAUAGCGUCAUCCUAGGAAAUAAAUUUGGGUUGUGGCCUACGUUACAGGAGUAAUGCAGUUGUUUUAUGGUUCAUUUAUAAACCAAGCAGUGAUUUAUAUAAUAAUUGUCUGAUCUAUGAAGGUUCAGCGGAUCUGCUGUAACUUAAACAAAACAUGGAUAUACCCACCCCCCCCGAAGAUCAGGAGCUAAGGAAUGUCAUUGACAAGCUGGCCCAGUUUGUCGCUCGGAACGGGCCAGAGUUCGAGAAGAUGACAAUGGAGAAACAGAAGGACAACCCUAAGUUCUCCUUCCUCUUUGGGGGAGACUACUUCAGCUACUACAAGUGCAAGCUUGCUAUGGAGCAACAGCAGCAUCCUUCUACCCAUGAUGGAGAGGAGUAUAAAACUGAAGAAAUGUACAACCCAGGCACCAAAGACGUGGUUGAUAUCCCUCCUCCAGUGAUGCCUAUGAUUGCUCCACCCCCGAUUCCUCCGCCUACGCCGCUUUCUUUAGAUGAGCUCAUUCAACAGAGCCAAUGGAAUCUGCAGCAGCAAGAGCAGCAUCUGCACACACUCAGACAGGAACAAGUGAGUGCAGCCAUAGCUCUGGCUAUGGAGCAGCAGACCCAAAAAAUGCUGUUAGAAACUCAGUUGGACAUCACAGAGUUUGACAACCUGCUGCAGCCCAUUAUAGACACCUGCACCAAAGACGCAAUCUCUGCUGGUAAGAACUGGAUGUUCAACAACGCCAAAACUCCACAGCACUGUGAACUGAUGACAUCACAUCUUCGUAACCGCAUCGCUGCUGAUGGAGCACAUUUUGAGCUCCGCCUACAUCUUAUCUAUUUAACCAACGAUGUUCUCCAUCACUGCCAGCGGAAGCAGCAGAAGGAUUUGUUGGCAGCACUGCAGAAAGUUGUGGUUCCCAUCUACUGCACUAGCUUUCUGGCUGUAGAGGAAGAGAAGCAGCAGAAGAUAACUAGGUUGUUGCAGCUGUGGGAGAAGAACGGUUACUUUGAUGAGGAGACCAUUCAGCAGCUCCAGAAUCCAGCCCUGGGCCUCGGCCAGUACCAAGCUUCUCUGAUAACAGAGUAUGCUGCGGUGGUGCAACCAAUCCAGCUAGCCUUCCAGCAGCAGAUCCAGGCUCUGAAUACCCAGCACGAAGAGUUUGUUACCAGCCUGAAGCAGCAGCAGUCGCAGCCUGCCACUGUAACGCAGCUAGCUUCACUAGCUGAGCCUGAAAAGGCCCCGCCUAUGACCACAAAAGCUGUGGAUGUGAAGCCUACCAUGUCAGGGCUUCCUCCAGGGGAGUUUGAUGGGGCUUCAUCCAGACCACAGGACCCCAGCAACCCCAGUGGACCUUCAGAUAUAACCUCUAACAAGUCUGCGUGGUAUGACACCCAGCACCUUGGCCCCUGGAACCCAAACCAGCCGGUAAAGCCUCCUUUUGACCCAAACCAGCCUCCCCCUCCCUGCCCUCCUUGGAACAGCCAUGAGGGAAUGUGGAAUGAGCAGAGAGACCCAGGAAAUUGGAGUGGAGGUCCACCCAGAGAAGGAGGCCCCUGGAGCGGUCCUGGUGGGUCUGACCCAGGCCCUCCAUCUUGGAACUCAUAUGACCAGCAGCCGCCAUGGGGGAACCAGCCUGACCAGCCUCCAUGGGGCCAGAGGGAGCCCCCGUUUCCUCCACGCAUGCAGAGACCUCCCCAUUUCAGAGGGCCCUUCCCUCCUCACCAGCAGCCACCGCCUUUCAACCAGCCCCCACCACCACACAGUUUCGGACGCUUUCCGCCGCGCUUUAUGCAGGACGACUUUCCUCCCAGACACCACUAUGACAGGCCAACAUACACCCCACACCGCUUUGACUAUGCUCAGGGAGAUUAUCCUGCAGACAUACAAGGUCCUCCCCACCACCAUCCCAAUCAGAGGCUCCCUCCCCCAGGUAUGGGUGCCGAACAUCCUCCCUGGGGUGGAGGCCAGCACCCGGAUUUUGGCCCACCCCCACACGGCUUCAACGGCCAUUCACCCCACAUGCGUCAUCGUCAGCAUCCAGUGCAAGAUGACCCCAGUCUGGUGCCUAACGUACCCUACUUUGACCUGCCAGCUGGUCUCAUGGCUCCGCUAGUCAAACUUGAGGACUCUGAUUAUAAACCUCUGGACCCUAAAGACAUCCGGCUACCCCCUCCCAUGCCACCUAGUGAUCGCCUGCUAGCUGCUGUGGAAGCUUUCUACAGCCCUCCAUCCCAUGACCGGCCUAGGAACAGUGAAGGCUGGGAGCAAAACGGCCUGUACGAGUUCUUCAGGGCCAAGAUGAGAGCCAGGAGGAAAAAGGGACAGGAGAAACGCAACAGUGGUCGUGGAGGCAGUCGCUCCAGUAGUCACUCUCGCAGCAGAGGGAGAUCUUCAUCUCGCUCAAGCUCCCGCUCCUCAAAGUCCUCCAGGUCUCAGUCUCGCUCAUCCCGCUCCCACUCCCGCAGCCGAUCUCGCUCCUACUCACGAUCCAGGUCCAGGAGUGGAUCUAGAUCAUCUCGGAGUCGCUCUCGCUCGAGAUCCAAAUCACGUUCCCGUUCGCCUGCAAAGAGACGCCAUGGCCCCAAAACCCAGAGCUCCUCUCCUCUCCCCGUAUCAGUGAUGGUUGCCCCUCCCUCCAAACCAUCUGCAGAUAUCAGGCUAGGGGAAGAGAACAAGGGCCACCAGCUGCUAAUGAAGAUGGGUUGGAGUGGUUCAGGUGGUCUGGGAGCCAAAGAACAGGGCAUCCAGGACCCCAUCAAAGGAGGAGACGUCAGGGAUAAGUGGGACCAGUUUAAAGGCGUGGGGGUGUCACUGGAUGACCCAUAUGAGAACUAUCGCAGGAACAAGAGCUACAACUUUGUCGCCCGUAUGAAGGCCAGAGAGGAAGUCAAUCGGGAACCCCAGGAGCCUCCUCCAACUGAUUGAUGUCAUCAAAUAACGUCAAACAACUCCUUCUGCCUUGUUGCCACCUCUGCCAAGGAUCUGAAUUUCUGUCCCUUUGUAAAUCCAGGAUUUUAGCCAGCAUUCCCAAAACCAUCAUGUCUCUUCAGAAACCAUUGUGACGAUACAAAGCAUCACCACACUUGUGAAGCCUGUAAAGAAACAGACAAAGUAUUUGUGCUCUCUGCUUAAUCAAGAGUUUCGACUAUUUUGUCAAAGCAGAAAGUAUCAUAUUUACAGCUGUACCAGUUAGCACUAACACUAACAUCAGAACUCAACAAGGAUUUCUAAAUCAGCAGACUUUGCAGGGACACUGGACCUACAUUCUAUUGAAAAAGGGGGGUUGCAGCACUACCUAGUUUCCUCCCAAUGUAUUUGAUUUGACAUUAUCGGUUUCUGAAAAGAGGCUGAUAACAGCAAUGCUAUGUUUAGUUCCAUAAAUACUGCCUACUCACUAGUCCACAGGUCCUACUAUGAAAGUCACUUCUGCUGAAUGAAUAGUCCUAAUAAAAACUGCUCACUGGUUGGUGUCAGAAAUCUCAUUGGUGGACACCUCAAAACUUUGGCAAAUAAGACUGAAGCAUUUUUUUCUCCACAAACAUAACUAGAGACACAACCUAAAUAAACAGAACCCUGACUCACAAA